AUGGCUUUGCCUGAUGCGGAUAACCAGACGAAGCCCAAGGGAGUGCACCUUGAGGUGACCCCGAACGAGACGAGCGAGUCCAAACAUGGUGAUAACGGCAUCGUGGAUGUCGCUAAAUCCAAGUUUGACGAUCUCUCAGUUGGGCAGACACUUUGGACCUUCCGCCGUGUUGUACUCGUCUCACUUGCCGUGUAUACUGGAUUCGUCUGUGAAGGUUUUGAACUCAAAAUCGGAAACAACAUUCUGGCUAACAAGGGGUUCAUCAAACAAUUUGGAAGCCGGGGUGGCCAGGGCGUGGAAGCACUCGACCCUACCUGGGUCUCUACGUGGACUUCACUUCUUAACGUCGGUCAAAUCAUUACAUUCCUCUACAUUCCAUGGUACUCUGAUAGAUUCGGGCGGAAGGCUUGCUUCUAUCUCUCCUGGUUAUGGCUUGCCGUGGGCUGCGUCUUCCUCAAUGUGGCCAAGACUCCUGCUGUUUGGGCCCUCGGAAAGCUUUGCAACGGUGCAGGUGUUGGAAUUCUUCAAGUGACCUGUCAGAUCUACGUGAUGGAGAUUUGUCCGAAUAAAAUUCGAGGUGGAAUGAUCACCUUCCAAGCUGUUUGGAGUAACAUCGGUAACAUCACCUGUAACGUGAUGAUGCAGGAGCUUAACAGGAGGUGGCCUCUCAACUACACGCUGCCCCUACGCAUUCUGAUUGCUCCUGUGGUCUUGAUGAUGUUCUUCUGGGCAUUCGUCCCCGAAUCUCCUUGGCAUCAUACUCGCCGUGGCAACAAGGAGAAGGCCAUGAAGUCUCUGCGACAGCUAUACGGCGGCGUAGAGGGCUACGACUUCGAGCAGGAGUAUGACAUCAUUGCUAAGACAAUCCAGCACGAGAGGGAAUUCAUGGCAGAAGAACCCGGCUUUCUACAUGUCUUUAAGGGUGUGAACUUGAAGCGAACUCUGACGGUUAUGCUGCUCUCUGUCUGCUCACAAUUUGGCGGUCUCUCCGUCGUCCUGAGCUACUCGACUUACUUCUUUGACCUCGCUGGCGUUUCCGACCCGUUCCUUGGUACUCUGAUCCUCUCGGUGGCUGACGUUAGAAUGCUCACAUCGCCUAGCUGUUGCAACCUCCUCGCUGUCUUCCUAUGGUCCAUGACCACGGACACUUUCGGCCGCCGUAACUUCAUCAACGUUUGCGAAACUGCGACUUGUUGCUUCCUUUUCAUCACAGGUUCUCUGUGGUGGGCAGGAGCUACGUCAGGAAAUGUGCCUGCCAGCAAUGCUCUUCAUAGUUAUGCCACACCGCGUAUGCUUCUAGCGUUAAACAUCAAGGCGUGCUUCAUCUUCGGAGCGCUAUCUGUGCCAUGCUGUAUCCUCAUGUGGCUCUACGUUCCAGAGACUAAGGGACGUUCGACUGCUGAGAUUGAUGAGCUUUACGAGCGUAGGAUUCCAGCCUGGAAGUGGUCCAAGACGAGGACGUCGGUGGAGGAUCAUUCCCUUACUCUCUUGACAGAGAAAGAGUAA